AUGAAUCCUAUUCGACUUCUGCUACUCGGAGCUCCAGGAGCUGGUAAAGGAACCCAAACUUCAAGACUUCUGGCCCAUUUCAAGCAUCUGCAAUCGGUAUCAUCUGGAGAUUUACUUCGACAGCAGAUUCAACGCGAAACACAAUUGGGCAAAAUCGCCGAACAGUACAUAUCCAAAGGUGCUCUGCUGCCCGACGCUUUCAUCACAGAGCUUGUACAGAACGAAUUGAGCUCUAAAGGAUGGUUAUCCCCUAAGUCGAGCUUCCUGCUCGAUGGGUUCCCCAGAACUAUCAAACAGGCUAAGGCACUGCGUAGUAAGCUUUCGCCUCACAAGGCAGCUCUCACCAUGGUCGUGGAGCUGGAUGUCCCGGAAAGCGUUAUUUUGGAGCGCAUAGAGAACAGGUAUGUUCAUGUUCCAAGCGGAAGAGUGUACAAUUUGACCUAUAAUGCUCCAAAAGUGGCUGGAAAAGACGACGUUACGGGUGAACCACUAACAAAGCGUGCUGACGAUACUGCCGAGGUUUUCCAAAAGAGACUUGACAAUUACAAGCAGACACUGGCCCCGCUCAAGCAGUUUUACGCAGAUCUGGGCAUUUUACGUCAGGUUUCCGGUGAGACUUCCGACAUUAUAUUUCCCAAGCUUCUCGCAGAGGUUCAGAGAGCGCUUGACGAUUGA